UCCACUCCUCAGCGGCGCUGCUGGGAGGAACUCAUCUACUAGGAACCCUUCUUAUGAGUCAUCGUUUCUUCCGCCCUGUUUUGUGUGUAACACGGUGUGACGCCGCUCGUAACAGCAUAACAAACCGCUUCUUCUUGAUACAUUCAACCGUACAUUUUUAAUCAAAGUUAAGGAGAUGGACGACCAGGGGUGUCCGCGGUGUAAGACCACCAAGUACAGGAACCCGUCGCUGAAGCUAAUGGUGAACGUCUGCGGCCACACGCUAUGUGAGAACUGCGUGGACAUGCUGUUUGUGCGCGGCUCGGGGAACUGCGUGCAGUGCGACACGCCCCUCAGGAAGAGCAACUUCCGCGUGCAGCUCUUCGAAGACCCCGCCGUCGACAAGGAGGUGGAGAUCCGCAAAAAGGCUGCUGAAGACCCUCCUUUGUUCAAUAAGAGAGACUUUGACUUCCCCAGCCUGGCAGCGUAUAACGACUACCUGGAGAAGAUAGAGGAAAUAGUGUACAACCAGACCAACAACGUGGAAGUGGAGAGCACCAAGCAGAUCAUCGAGCAGUACCAGAGGGAGAACCGCGAAGUCAUCCAGAGAACAAAGUCAAGCUGGUACGCCCCCAUGACGCGGGAGCAGGAGGAGCUGGAGGAGAUGCUCCUGUUGGAGCAGCAGGGCACGGAGCAGCGCCGGCUGGACCUCCUGCAGGACGAGCAGAGGCAGCUGCAGGCCAAACGCAAGAACAAGCAGGCGCUGCUGGACGAGCUGGUGAGUGCACGGCCGCCAUGGAGCCCGGACCGGCCAGGAGGGGUGAGGGAAAUGUUGGGCUGCCACAAUAACGCGGACCUCGAGCUGAACCCUCAGAUAUCUGAGCCCUCGGUCCUUCAACACGUUGCUGCGGUCGCUGUUGAAGCGUUGAGGCGUCUGGCGCUGGAGACGUCUGACCGUGUCGAUGCCUUCUGCGCUCGCGUCUCAAACUGGAGUCUGACGGCCGCCUCGCUGGCCGAACAGGAGCAGCGUGUGGCGCGGCGUGCCUGUGCUCCAGCCCCCAGCGUGCCUGGGUUCCAGCCCCCAGCGUGCCUGGGCUCCAGCCCCCCCCAGGCCAUUAUCCUGGCUCUGUGUUGGGGCAUGGGCCCCGGCCGGCUGGCCAGCCAGCCAGCCUCUACCACCCCCAUCAGGGCAGACUGUGCAACUGCGGGCGUCAUAUGGUAUACCUGUGAGAGCCCACCGCUGGACCCCCCUACCCCCCUGGACCCCCCUACCCCCCUGGACCCCCCUACCUGUGAGAGCCCACCGCUGGACCCCCCUACCUCCCUGGACCCCCCUACCUCCCUGGACCCCCCUACCUCCCUGGACCCCCCUACCUGUGAGAGCCCACCGCUGGACCCCCCUACCUCCCUGGACCCCCCUACCCCCCUGGACCCCCCUACCUCCCUGGACCCCCCUACCUCCCUGGACCCCCCUACCUCGCCGCGGGACGCAGCAGGAAGUGGCUCUGCGAGCGAAACCGGAGCCCUCUCAGGAAUGCAGGGGGUGUUUUCAGAGGACGGAGCAGAGCUUAAGGGGCGAUGGGGGGAGGGCGGGGGGGCAGGGCAGGCUCACCCGGCGUCGUCCUCGGCGCUGUACGUCCGAACGUUUGGACUCGGAUUGCACACGCCUAACCCCCUUUCACCCCUGCUGAGAUGUCGUGCACGCCCCAACUACUUGGGAAGGGCGUCUUCAAUUAAACAUGACCAUGCGACUAUUACACACGAGUCCAGUAGGAAGGAGGGAUCACUUGCCGUUAGUGGCCUGCCUGACACACUUCUCCUCUGCCCCUCCAGGUAUCUGAAGCACGUGCGGGCCGCCUUGCCCCAGGACACGGCCGGGGGCUACUCCUCUGGCCUGGCGUGUCACCGGGCCCUGCAGGACGCCUUCAGCGGCCUGUUCCCGAUCCAGUUCUGACCGGCAGGGCGGCGCAGGGGACCGCUUCACGGUCGGUGAGAAACGCCAACGACCAAACCACCCGGACGCGGGGUUAGCGCAGCUGUUGUGAAGUAGGAGCUUUAGUCUGUUCACUUUUCACAGAAGUUUUUAUUUUAUGAAGUUUGUAUUAUUUUUAUAUGUAAAUAAAUCAUUCUGAUUGUUAGAA